GGCAAGAGACAAAGCAGCAACGCGUGGGUUCUGCCUGCUGUCCCGGCGGCGGCACCUGAGUGCCUGCCACGAGGGAAGAAAGACCAAGCCGGAGAGCGCAGGAAAGCGAGCCUGGGUACGCCCCUGCCCGGCCCGGGGGCUGCCCGGGGCAGAGCGGGCGGUUGCCUGGCAGCGCACGGAGCUCUCCGGACCGAGACACGGCACACACUUUCCAGCGGCCGCGGCCAGCCGCAGCCCUGUGGGCGGCUCGCCCAGUCCCCCCGGCAGCCCGGGCGGGUCCCCCGCGCCGCCACGAACACGCCUGUGGGCGUUGAGCCGCCCCGUCCCGCCUCCGCAGAGGCCGCAGCCGCAGUCCCCGCUGCCCGGGCCUGCCGGCAGGCUCGACACCUCCCGGCCCCGCUGCCUCCCAGCCCUGCCCGGCGGCGCGGCCCUCCUGCCGCCGCUUCCACUCCUGCGCACUGGGCGCGCCCUCGGGCCGGCCGCGGCACGGGGCGGACGGGGGAGCCGCCAACCGCGGUCCCGCGGGAGCGGCUGUGGCGGGGCCGCCGCCCGCGCUCGCAGGGCAGGAUGGAGACAGAGGGCCGGGUACCGGGGCCGGCGCUCCCCGCCGGCGGGGAACGGCCCGGGACCGACUCGCAGCUCCCUGCGGGUGCCCUCGGCACGGCCCAGGGGCCGCUGCUCGCCGCCGCUGAGGUGCUGGCCCUGGACGAUGAGGAAGACGACCUGGAGGUGUUCAGCAAGGAUACAUCUCUGACUGAGGUAAACUCAUUCAGUCCUUCAGUGCCAAUAUCCCCCUCAUCAAUGAUAAACCAGUAUAAGUUUGAAGAUGAGCCAGAAUUAAGAGAUCUCUUCAUUACAGUCGAUGAUCCUGAAAGCCACAUUACAGCCAUUGAAACGUUUAUCACAUACAGAGUGGUCACAAAGACAACCCGUGGUGAAUUUGACUCCAGUGAAUAUGAAGUUCGAAGACGAUACCAGGAUUUCCUUUGGUUGAAGAACAAACUUGAAGAAGCACAUCCAACACUGAUCAUUCCUCCAUUGCCUGAAAAAUUCAUAAUGAAGGGAAUGGUGGAACGAUUUAGUGAUGAAUUCAUUGAGACUCGAAGAAAAGCUUUACAUAAAUUUUUGAACCGUAUUGCUGAUCAUCCAACUUUAACUUUUAAUGAGGACUUCAAAAUUUUUCUUACUGCACAAGCCUGGGAACUCUCCUCCCACAAGAAGCAGGGUCCUGGUUUGCUGAGCAGGAUGGGACAGACUGUCAGAGCUGUAGCAUCCUCAGUAAGAGGAGCAGUUAAACAUCGUCCUGAAAUGUUUACAGAAAUGAACAAUUACAUGGAAACAUUUAGUCAGAAGAUAAACUUACUAGAUAAAAUAGCUCAUAGGAUUUACAAGGAAGAAAGGGACUACUUCAAUGAAAUGAAGGAGUUUGGCCCCAUCCACACGCUGUGGUCGGCGUCGGAAGAAGACAUAGCAGACUCUCUGAAGGGGCUGGCCAGCUGCAUCGACCGCUGCUGCAGGGCCACGGAGAGGAGAAUGGCAGGGCUCUCAGAGCACCUGCUGCCCAUUCUGCAUGAGUACGUGCUCUACAGUGAAAUUCUCAUGGGUGUUUUGAAAAGGAGAGACCAAAUUCAAGGCGAGCUGGAUUCCAGAGUUGAUGCUUUAGCCAGCAGAAAGACAGAGAAGGACCUGUUCUCAGAAGAAAUUGGGAAACUUGAAGACAAAGUUGAACGUGCCAAUAAUGCUCUGAAAGCAGAUUGGGACAGGUGGAAGCAGAACAUGCAGUGGGAUAUGAGAUCAACAUUCAUGAAUGUGGCUGAGAAUAAUCUCCGUUAUUAUGAAGAGUGCCUUGCUACGUGGGAGUCCUUCCUAGCAUCUCAAACAGUGGAUCUUCGUGUGGAUGAAGAUUCUGAAGACAGGCCUUGAAUAAUAUCUCUGCUUGACCUCUGCCUUUUCCAUGCAGUUUCUCCCAACCAAAGUGCUUUAUAUGAGAUCAGAUACAUUAUUAAGUUCAACUGUUAAAAUCAGUGAAAUGCAGGAAACCAGCUUAUUGUACACUCAGGUAUUCUAGUCCUGAAAUGCAUUUGGAAACAUGCUAUAUAUUGCUUUAUAUUGCUUAGCUCUGAUUUUACAUAUUUUAUGCAUUUACAUACAAUUGUUUUCAUAAAUAUUGUGUAAUUUUGAUAUAAAGUAUUUUAAAUAUGUAAAAAUAGCUCCAUUUUAAUAAAAAGUUGAAUAAGGAAA